AUGCGCCUCUCAAGACUACUAUUCCGCAUUUUCCUCUUCCUCCUCCCGCCCGCUGUCCUCGCAACCGCAUACCUCUACCUCUACCCGCUCGUCAAGCAAUGCUGCUUCCCAUCCACGCCAACGGGCAAACCUGCGCCGUUUCGCUUACUCGCCCUCGCGGAUCCGCAGCUUGAAGGCGAUACGAGUCUGCCGGAUCCCAAUGAUGCGGUGUUUCCUCACUUUGAGAGGUUGUGGGGGAAUUUGCAGAUUGGAAGGGAUUUUGAAACGUUGAAAGAGGACGGGAGAAGAUUGUUCGUGGACGACCUCCCGAAAGCACUCAACACGUAUAGAAAGAUGUUGGAUCUUUGGGGAAAUGAUUUAUACCUGGCGCAUGUUUACCGGAGUAUGCAGUGGUUCACCGAUCCGACGCAUGUGGUUGUGCUGGGGGAUUUGUUAGGGAGCCAGUGGAUUGGGGACGGGGAGUUUGAGAGUAGGACACAGAGGUUCUGGGAGAGGGUGUUCAAGGGUGGGCAGAAAGUGCCGGAGCGAAUCUUGGAUAAGGAGGGAGUGCAUAGCGAAGUACUGGGCAAGGAUAGGAAUUGGAAGAACAGGAUAAUUGCUGUUGCUGGGAAUCAUGAUGUAGGAUAUGCCGGAGAUUUGGAUGAGCAUCGCGUGCGGCGUUUUAAGGAUGCUUUUGGGAGAGUCAAUUGGGAAGUACGAUUUAAUCUGGACGACAGCGAUUAUGCGACGGCUUCGAAUGAUUCUGGUUCCUCUUCGCCUGCAGUUCGACUUGUGAUUCUCAACUCGAUGAAUCUCGACGAGCCGGCGAAACAUGAGGCUCUCCAAGAAGAGGGUCUUGAAUACCUCAAUCAAAAAUUAUACUGGGAAUUACCAUCGAGCGACACUGCGACUGUUUUGUUGACACAUAUACCCCUGUACAAAGAGGACGGCGUUUGCGUGGAUGGGCCGUUCUUCGACUACUUUUCGGAUCAUCAUGGUGGAGGCAUCAAGGAGCAGAAUCAUUUGAGCUAUGGAGUCAGUGAGCGGAUUUUGGAGGGCAUGCUGGGCCCAGAGCGAAGUCGAAAGGGCAUUAUACUGAAUGGCCACGAUCACGAAGGUUGCCAAGUUUACCAUUCCAAGCCCAGGGAGAUGGACCUCGACGCCAUGACGGACGGCUCACCUCUGGUCGAGGAGAAGUGGGAGGCUGUCAAGUAUUCCGAGGCUGGACCUCAGAUGUCAGACAGCAACCUCAUGGGCCUUCGAGAGGUCACCGUGAGGAGUAUGAUGGGAUCAUUUGAUGGCAACGCAGGACUGUUGAGUGCCUGGUGGGAUGCCGAAGCGAAAGAAUGGAAGUUUGAGUAUGCUUCUUGCAUGUGUGGUGUACAACAUAUCUGGUGGGCGGUGCAUGUGUUUGAUAUCAUUGUUCUGGCGAUUGGAUGGAUUGCAUUGAGCGAGGCGAUUGUGGAAGAUCUGCUCAGACCCUCGAAGAGCAUUUCGAAGGAGAAGAAGACGGCAUGA